AUGGAAAAUUAUCUUGUUUUUAGAUCAUGUCCGGCUAUACAUUCGAUUCCUGAAGAAGUUGAUACCCUGUACAAGCAGCCACUUUCAAAUAAAAUAAUAUCAGGACUUGUUGAAGAAAAGCAACAAUUUACAGAUAUUAAACAAAGGAAACAGCAUCUAAUUACUGAGAUUAAGAAAGAAAAGAAAAUCGCUAUUGAUUCUAUAUUAGACUAUAAGAAAGAACUUGAGGAUGAAUUGAAAAGACUCGAGCGUGAAUCAGUCAAGUUAGUUGAAAAAGAAUAUGGAAGCAUUGAACAAGAAUUACAGAAUGCCAUCAAAGAAUCAGAUAAAUGUAUUGAUGAAUUUCAACAAUCAGAAGACAAGUUACAAAAGUCUCAAGGGAAUAAAGCUCAAGAGUUCGUGAGCAUAAAAACUGCUCAGAGAAUUAUUCGCACGGCCAGUGAAUCUAAAAAAAUGCUGAAUAAAUCAGUUGUUGCUCAUAUAACAUUUACCAUGAACGCAAAUAUUAAACAGUUUUUGAAACAAACUGGUGUAUUAGGGCAUGUACCAAGGACAACAGUUUAUAAUGUGAAACAACAUAGCAGUUUUAGCGCAAAGAUGAAGUCAGAUGGUUCAUGUCGACUAUAUCAUUCAUGCCUUCUUGAGGAUGGUUCUCUACUUGUCACAGAUGUUAAAAAUAAGAAACUGAAGCGUGUUGAUACUACCAACUAUACCAUCACAGAUCACCUUGACAUGGAGGCUGGACCUAUAGCUGUAUGUCAAACAGAUAAACAAGAAGUUGCAGUAAGUCUUCAGAAAAAAAGUAUUGUGUUUGUUACAAUUGAUAACAAGAUGGUAGUUACUAGAAAGCUAGAUAUGGAUCACCACUGUUGCAGCAUUGCUUACAAUAAAAACAAAUUGGUCAUAUCUGAUGAAAAGAAUGCAGUUUACAUAUAUAAUAUGAACGGUAGUAUGAUACGUAAAAUUACUUCCGACAAUUCAGGCAAGUCAAUUUUCUCAGAUACUCGACAUAUAUCCUUAAGCACAAACCGAGAAUAUGUAUAUGUGUGUGAUAGUAAAAAUGGUUUAAUAACUCUAGAUACGCAGGGAAAUCACAUAUCCACAUUUACUGAUGAUGAUAUGAGUGGUCCACAAGGCGUUUGUACCGAUGGCAGAGGGAAUAUAUUUGUAGGUGCAUAUACCUCAUCAAAUAUUAUACAGAUUAGAGAGGAUUCAAUGACAAAAAUUGGUGUCAUCAAAACAGAUACAAAUCCACUUUCUGUUUGUUUUGAUACAAAUAAAAACAUCAUAUUUGUUACUCAUCAUGACCAGAAUUCGAUAAAAAUCUACACACUUGAAUAACGCAUACACAUGCAAAAAUGUGAAGUUAAACAUCAGUGUAUGGUAUUUGUAUUAUUAUAUACAGAACAUUUUAUUAACAUGGGCAGGUAUCAAAAGGUUUCUCAAUACCAUAAGAUUCAGUAUCAACAUUUUAUUACCUGUAAAUCAUUAUUAAAGUGACAUGAACCAUUCAUUAUUAUAUAAUGUCUACUUUUAAGAGUUUCAGUUUAUCAAUAAGUAUACAGAUAUGAAAAUACUUACUUAAAACUACGAUUUGAAAUAUUGUUUAAUGAAGAGUUGAUAGUACUACAUACAUGUAUAUGUUGGAAUGAAACUACAUAUCAACCAUUUCUGUUUCACUUGCUAGCAGUGCUUAAUUUCAAAAUGACAAUGUACUGAGAAUAAAAAAUGUUCAAAAUGAAAAUUCUCAAAAUUGCAAUGUUACAAAACAAAAGUCAAUGUUUUAUACUGGUUAUAGUAAAUACACAUUAGUACUGAUUAUAUCAUCAUGUAUACACAGGAUCGUGUACGAGUUGUCAUUUUCAACUUACAGGGCAAUUAAACAUGGAGAGGUUAACGUGUCAGACUAAUGUCAGACUAGUAAUCUAAAGGCAAGCCGGUGUUUCCUUAAGCAAGAAGUUUUACACACAUUGCUUGGUACUGGUUGGUCCCAGGAACAGAUGCGAGAGUGUUUCAACAAGCUUCCAACACAAUUAAACUAAAAUAAAUUUGUAUAAACUAAACAAGUUCAGCCUGUUGCAAGCUUUAUAAUAUUUCGGACUUGUUGACUGUUUUUUAAGUGAGUAUGUUAACUGACAAACGGAAAAAAAUCAACAAACUCAAGCCUUUCCUAAAAUAAUGCCAAGAAUUGACUGAAAACAGGGUUAACCUGGGAUAUAAAAUAACUUGGACAUAAUUACACUAUUUAUUAUAAAUAUAUCAUUAUUAUAUAAUGUUAUAAUAUUUAUUAUACAUAUUAUUUAUUUGCCUGGUGAGGUUUGACGUUUUAUAUUAAACUCGUUUUUGCUUAGAAUUCCGGUGAACUUGCUAUACAUAGUACCAAGGACAAGAGACAAACACUUAUUAAUUCAUCUUUAGCUUGCUUGUGGCAACUCAAUCUACAACCAGUACAUACCUAGACCAGCCAGCACAUUCUUGCCAUUUGAUCAUGGUCUACACUGUUCCCUUUUCAGUCAGUUUAUAUUUAGAAAGUUACCCCAAAAAUGAAGAACUGUCUAAUCUAGUUUAAAGCUGGGCAAGUCCAUUUAAAAUAUUUAAAUCUGGAAUGGAAAUGGUGAAAAAAGAUAACUUAAUUUUAUUUAAUGAAUACAAUAAUGGCCACCUAUUUUAGUAGGAGAGUUAUUUUUUCAAGUCCGAAAUAAUAUCAAAAAGUCCCAAAAAAACAUAUACAGAUGAUUAUUUUAUGUAAAUACAAAUAAAAUACUUGAAAAAGUUUUGUUUGUAUUCAUCUGAUGGUGUUGUUAAAAACUUGUUUUAUUUUCUUGUUUCCUGGCAUUGAGAUUGUUUCACACAUAUUUCUUUUGGAAUAUUUUUGCUGAUAUACAUGUAAAAAGAAAAAUUGAAAUAAAACAAUUAUCACUUGAUACUUAUGUUUUAAGACAUUUUUUAACAUAAAAAUAACAAAUAACAGUAACAUACAUACCAAUGAAAUAAUAUCUGAUGGUGACAUUAACUAAACACAAAAUAAACAGAGUGUACGUAAAGUUAAACAUUAAUAAUUAUAUGUUUGAAUAGGACAGCAAAUUUAAUUGGCUAUAAUAUGUGCUCUGUAUUCAAAAUCAUGAUUGCAUGUCAUUAAUAUCUAAAAGGGUCCAUGAAAAGGGUUCACUUAUGCCAAGUAUUGUAAUGUAAUAUCAAAACAAAGCUAUAGAAUAGUAUUUUAAUGUAAAGUAUAUAUGUGAAGUAUUUAACAUUAAUAACCAAUAUUAUAAAUGUUACAAAAAAUGAUAAAAACAAUCUCAAAAGGUAGUCGCAUUAGCAGUGAACCAUUUGUCUGAGUGACUUGCAAUUUAAGGUUUUGGCACAUUUAAAUGUUCAUACAUCUUAUAUCAUUGAUAAAUCACAAAGGUUAACAACAAUUAUACAAAACAAUAACAUAUCAAACAAGAGGGCCAUGAUGGCCCUGAGGUCGCUCACCUGUAUAUAGACCCCCCAACCCCCCCCCCAACGUUGCAGGGCCAAUUCAACCCAAGGGCUUUUAUUUGCACAAACUUGGUAGACACCCAUAAGAAGAUGUUUCAUGCUAAACAUCUAAGCUCUAGCUCAUUGGGCUUU